AUGCCGCCCAGGAUCAACACCAGCCGUCAUGAGAUUAGUAAGAUUUCACAUGGCUUUGGUUAUGACUCGCGUACCCAUGAUUAUAAAGUUGUGAGGAUUGUGAGAUAUUUGGCUUGGACCGGACGGAAAACCUCAUACGAGAUUUGGUCUCUAGCGCAACCCUCCUGGAAGGCUCUUAGUGUUCUUCCUCCCGUAGACGACUUUCGUCCUAGUUCGCGUUCUAUCUUUGUUAGUGGUGCUGUUCAUUGGGUGCAUGGCAGGGUGCAUGGCAUUUGGAUGCAUGAAGCAAAUCCGACCAUUGUGUCCUUUGAUAUGUCCGAUGAAGUAUUUGGUGAGAUAACGAUGCCUCAAGUCAUGAUGAUUAAAAGCCAUCGCAUUAUAUCAAGAUAUAGGAACUCCUUAGCAGUUUUGCAGUGGGAUUUCGUUUUAGAUGAUGCGAAACAGAAACAACUUGACAUGUGGGUUAUGAAAGAGUAUGGCGUGGUCGAGUCUUGGACUAAACUGUUAACGGUUAAAUUGCCAGAGUACAUUCACAGCAUCAGACGGCUUGGGUUUAGAAACAAUGGUGAAGCCUUAAUCAGAUAUGUCAAUCAUCCUAGAGCUCGGAAAACAAGCCGUCAUGUGCAAAAAUUGCUGAAUCCUCAUAGCGAUGACAUUGGUGAUUUUGAAGCCCAGGGGAGCAGGUUCCUUGAAUACAAACUUGUGGAGCCUUUUGUAGAAAGUCUUAUCUUGCUUGACCACCCUUCUGCAAUUUCAACCAAUAUUUUAAAAGGGUAA